AUGCGCCCCAUCCCCCCCUGUCGAACGUUCAAGAGCCAGGAAGUCGAAGCCACGAUAGAAAGACUGAGAAGCGUCAUCGUAGACCCGGACUUGAUGCGGUUAUUUGAGAAUACGUGGCCGUCUACGCUGGACACGACGGUUGCGUGGACGGGGUAUGCGAAUAAGACGGUUGUGGAGGAGGUGGAUCCCGUGAUGAAUAGGAGCGUGAAGUGGGAUGCUAGUCAUAAGUUCCAACUAUCUGACGAAGAGAUAGCGCGCCUGGCGCGGGAAGAAGAGCAGGAGUUGAGUUUUGUAAUAACGGGGGAUAUAGAGGCUAUGUGGCUGCGGGAUUCGGCGAAUCAAUUGCAGUCGUAUACUUCAUUGCUACGUCCGUCGGAGAAGAAAGGCAGCCUGGCGAGUUUGUUUAGGGGCGCGCUUAAUCUCCAAGCGAGGUAUAUUCUGGGGAACCCCUUUUGCAAUGCGUUCCAGGCGCCGGUGGAGAGCGGGAUUAUGAGGAGGAGCUCUGCGAAUAGCGAUACGAUUAGUCCAAGUUACAACUAUAUGGCUGUGUUUAGCUGUCAGUGGGAGCUGGACUCUUUGGCUUCGUUCUUACAGCUUUCGGCGGAUUAUGCGCGCAUGACGGGAGACUUCACGUUUUUCAGUGAACACUCGUGGAUCGCUGCCGUCAAGAAGAUCCUAGAGAUAACGGAAGCGAUGAUGAUGGACAGCUACGACGCGGAGGGGAACUGGCAGCACACGCCGUACACGUACUGUGCGCCGUACGGCGGGACACCCAUUAACGAUUGUAAUGGCAGUCCACACAGGGGAGGCAUUGGGUUGGUGAGGAGUUUCCAGCGCCCCAGCGAUGACAGCUGUAUCUAUCAGUACCUGAUCCCCAGCAACAUGAUGUACAGCGUUGCACUGAACGCCUCGUCCAUCAUCAUGGCGCACGUCCAGCCUCCAGGCAGUAAUCUAACGACCUGGAUGCGCCAAAUCAGCACCGGGAUACGCAACGGCAUCGAGACCCACGCUGUUAUCCAGGACCCCAAGUACGGUCCUAUCUACGCGUACGAGAUCGACGGAUACGGAAGCGCGAUCCUAAUGGACGAUCCAAACGUGCCUAGCCUGCUUUCUGCGCCGUUCCUAGGCUACACACCUGCCAGCGACACCGUGUACCAGAACACGCGGCGGAAGAUCCUCUCUCGGGAUAACCCGUACUACGCAUGGGGCCCUAUCAUAGAGGGUGUAGGAAGUAUGCAUACCCUACCGGGACGGGCGUGGCCGAUGGCGAACAUCAUGGCCAUCCUGACGAGCGACGACGAUGACGAGAUAGUGAAGAAUCUAAGGUGGUUAGUGCAGAGUACGGAUGGGUAUGGGUUGAUGCACGAGAGUGUGCAUGCGCAUACGGAGGGAGUGUGGAGCAGGCAGUGGUUUAGCUGGGCGAAUGGGCUGUUUGGGCAGGUUAUUCUGGAUCUGGAGAGGAGGAAGCCGUGGAUUUUGAAGAUGGGGUUUCAGUGA